AUGAGGGGAUUGUUUCGGGUGAAUUUGUUGAGUAAUCUGAUUCGAUCUUACUCGAGAGUCACGAAUCCAAUCGAUCGUACCACACGAUCGUUACUCUCGUCGAAGAUGGUUCGUCUUUACACAACCGAAAUGGAACCACAGUUGUCUCCAGAUCUUAUUAAGAUAAUGGAUCAGAGAUUAUCAGCUAUAGAACAUCGAAAUGCUGUUCUUCAGAGGCUUAUAAAUCAGCCUGAGUAUUCACAAGAAGAGUUUUCAAGAGCUAAUAAGGAACUUCGGAAACUGAGAGAGUCGAUGGAACUGAUCAAUGAUUUGAGGGCAAUACAAAAGGAGAUUGAUGGGCUGAAAUCUCUCGUGUCUGAAAGCUCGGAUGAUAAGGACAUGCUUGAUAUGGCGGUAAGUGAAUUAGGUGAGGCGGUGGAAGAAGAAAAAAGACUGCAGACUUUGCUGCUUAAGUCUUUGCUUCCUAAAGAUGAAGCUGAUGAGAGGGAUUGCAUUUUGGAGGUGAGAGCAGGUACUGGUGGAGAAGAGGCUUCUUUGUUUGCCAUGGACAUAUUCAGAAUGUACGAAAGGUAUUCACAGAAGAAAGGUUGGAAGUUUGAAAUUGUAGACAUCACCGAGUCAGAUAUGAAAGGAUAUAAAGAAGCCAGUGCUGCGAUUUGUGGAGCCAAUGUUUACGGAAAACUUAAGUUCGAGAGUGGAAUUCACAGGGUUCAGCGUAUUCCUGUCACAGAGAAAUCUGGUCGAAUUCACACCAGCGCUGUAUCUGUUGCCAUCCUUCCCCAGGCUGAUGAGGUAGAUGUUCAGCUAAGAAAUGAAGAUUUGAGGAUCGAUACAUACAGAUCAGGUGGCUGCGGUGGUCAACAUGCCAACACAACAAACAGUGCAGUCCGAAUAAUCCAUCAUCCAACGGGGAUAAUGGUCUCGAUCCAAGACGAAAGAUCACAACAUAUGAACAAAGCCAAAGCACUUAAAGUACUCUGUUCUAAGCUCUAUGAAAUCGAAAGGUUGAGAAUACAAAACACCCGAUCAAAGUUACGGUCAGAUCAGAUUGGCAGCGGAGAUCGAUCCGGACGAAUCCGUACAUACAAUUUUCCACAAGGGCGAGUCACGGAUCACCGUGUGGGAAUCACUCACCAUGCCAUUGAAGAGAUGAUGCAGGGAGAGAAUCUAGACUCCUUCAUCGACGCCCUUCUCUUACGCCAAGAAAUGGACGCCAUUGCUUCUUUCAGCUCCACUUCAUGA